CGCAACCGUGUUCCAUACCAUACGGUACGGUCCGUACCAUGCUACAACUUGUCAUUCCAAAACCAAUCCGCAACCAGGGCGGUGAUUUCCAUUCGGAAGGAAAGGAUCCAUCGGCGCCAUAAAAGAACGCAACGCACCACCGACAGCGUGUACCAAACGCACCAUCUCCCGGCCUCGAAAUGCGGAAUUCUCGUUCCUCGACGACGACUUCUGCUAGCAGCAGCAGCAGCAGCAGAGCUCUCUCUCUUUGCCCGCGUGCGAAAGGAUUGUCUCCCGCUUUUUCGUCCCCGAGUUUUUCCCGGCGCCGGGCCCUGAACGAGGCGGACGCGCCGAACCAGAUCGAGGUGAUCGAUGAAUAUCCGCUCUCCAAGUACCUGGCGAUGGCCGAGCGGUUGUUUGCCUGCUUCCAGCAAUCCUUCGAACACCUGAACCUCGACGAGGCCUUUGUCUACGGGAUGCGGUUUGCACAGCUGGGACUGGUGGAACUCCCGAGGCACGGGGAAUGGAGGGCCGGUGGAGAAAGAGAGGAACGCCUCGGUUCGCUCGUCGAAAAGGCGCUGUCGAGGCUGGAAAUCAUCAAGCGGAGAAUGGACGAAGAGGAGCUGACAAAACUGCGGGUGGGGAUGGUGGCAAGAGCGGAAGAAGAAGCCAGGGCACGGGAACGAGAACAAGAACGAGAACGAGCACGAGCACGAGAACGGCCACAAAGCACACCACGGGUUCCGACGGAGCGGAAGGAGGAGCGGGGCGGCAUCGGGCAUAGACCGCGGCCUCCCCACGAGCACGAAACAAAGAGUGCCGGGUCGAAACUCAGGAAAUUCUUUCGCCUGCCGAAAAAGAGCGGAGGAGUUUCGGCACCCCCACCGGCCCCGCAGACGGUUCUGCCUUCCCUCGGUGCGAUUCAACGGUCCCGGGCACGGCACGAAUGGUUCACGGGACCCAACGACAACGACAACUACCACAACCACCCCGUGGUGGUGGCAACCGAUCCCUCCCCGAGCGGCCUUUACACCACCCGCUAUGCCAUCGAGGAAUAUCCUUUGGUGGAGCAAGUCACGCUCAGGCUCCACCCCACGCGGACCCCAUCGCUCCUGAACCUGGAGCGAGGAACAGGGCCCAAAUCCCACGAACAACGAGUCGCCAGCAAAGGCGAACGCGGGGAAACGACGGCGGGUUGCGGGGACCCCAGCGUGCCUCCGUUGAUAUCACUGCCGUCGCCGUCGUUGGUGUCGUCGCCAUUGCCACCACCACUACUACCAACACCACCAGCACCACUACCACACACCGAAGACGAGAGCAUCCUUUCCGAGACAAAGGAUCCCCCGCCUUGCCGCAUCGCAGACCGUGAUCGAGCCGACGCGGCAGCGAGCAACGCGAUCGAGUCCUGCGAGGCGACGGAACGACAAUCUUGUGUUCCUGCGAGUUCCGGAGAGCCCCGUCACGCCGGAUCGUCGACCUUGGUGCCGCAGGCAUCCGUACCAUCUCCGGUGCGCAAGACCACAAAAGAGCGGAUGCUGGAGGAGAUCACGGCCCGGCUUAAGCUCACCCACGGCGAAGACGUCGUGAACAACUACGCGCGUCUCGUGGAAGAAACCGAGGAAAGGGUGACCUACUCCGCGGGCACGGGCUGCCACCGCCCGGUCCUCUGGCCCGGGAGAGGCUGCGGACCGAAAGCCACCGAGGCUUUCGCGAAACGCAGGGCCGAGGAGACAACGACAUUGGGUGCACGAACCAGGAGCAGCACCAGCACCAGCAGCUUUGACGCGUUCGACGCAUUCCUCGCGAGAAGGGCCGCGGCAGAGGAAGACGACGGCGACGACGAAGAGGGGAGCUACAUGGAAGUCACCGUGGUCGAAGAGGCGGACGAGGAGAAAAGCUAUUUUGAGUACGUCAUCGAAGAGGAUUGUGGUGGCGGGGAAGGGUAUCCGGACCGAUCGUUCCCGCGGGAACGCGCGCAAUCCACCACCACCAAGGCAGGGGGCACCGGUUCUCCGUCCGGGGGCAGCCCGACCUGCGUCGCGAGCGAGGUCCUCGUGCCGCCGUGCACCUCCGUGAUCCCCGACCUAGGGUCACUCUGCGACACCUUCGACCCGCCCGGCGGCGUCUCGGUGGUGUACCUCCUCCCUUUCGGCGAGAACGACGAUGCGACGUGCCUCACCAUGGAUGAGUGACUCGGAGACACCCCCGAUCCGGUUCGGUCGGCGGGAGCUCCAUGUGGCAGCACUGCGGACAGUGCAUAAGCACUAGCC